AUGGCGUCUGACUCGGCAAACCUCACAUGUGAGCAUUGCGGAGAUACGUUCCUGCGUAAAGAGCACUGGGACCGUCACCUGCGAAGGCAUUCUGGUGUCAAGCCAUUUCAAUGCGAGGUUUGCUCCAAGUCCUUCGCUCGGAGCCAAUCAAUCGGGCUUCACGUCACGCAUAGGCAACCACUGGAGGCCGCUGAGCAGUCCGCUUUGUAUCACAAUACCAACGACCCUACCAGCAGCCCUACCAGUAACAGCCAAGGCCGCUUUUCAUUUUCUCCUACUGUGGCUAUGCACUCAAUUCCUGCGCCCACUACCUUUACACCUUCGUCGCUAGGUAAUGACACUGCUCUCCAUACAUCCAACCAAUGGGAUCCCUCUUUGUCUCUCCAUGGAGACACAGUGAUGAACGAAUUUGCAGCCGGUUGGGAUCCUAUGGCAGCUUACUUUCCAUUCUGGCUGGUACCCGAGGGACUGGGAGAUGUCCUUGACACUCCAUAUGACAUGGGAAACCACAACCAGCAGUGCGGUGUCGAGACGCAUAACCACCCCCCAGAUUAUCAUCCUCCAUGUCGGCGGUUCCCACAAACGCACCACAAUCACAUGCAGACCGCCGAGGCGGAGGCAUUUGGCCACGUCCAAAAUGUCCCCCUUCGUGCAUAUGGAGACUUACAAAACUUCUAUGCAACGCAAUGCCAGGACAGUCAUGAUUCAGAUUGA